AUGCAGGGCUUCUCGCAAAACCCACAAUUUGUUGAGCAAGAAAAGCUCAAGUGCCCGAGAUGCGACUCGACCAACACCAAAUUCUGUUACUACAACAACUACAACCUCUCUCAGCCGCGCCAUUUUUGCAAGAGCUGCCGGAGGUACUGGACCAAAGGCGGCGCCCUCAGGAACAUCCCCGUCGGCGGCGGGUCCAGGAAGAACGCCAAGCGCGCCUCGGCGGCGGCAAAGCGGUCGGCUCCGGAGGAGAGGAACGAGGCGCCGCUGGCCCCGAAAGGCGACGGCCCCGAUCAGGGGCAGUUCGGUAAUUUCGGGGUGUCCGGUGGGCAGGGCGAGGCGCUGCCCCUGAAGCUGGACGAUUUUGGGCAGGGGCAGUUGGGUCAUUUGACGGGGGUCGGGAAGGACGACUGCGGGGCGCUGCCGCUAAAGCUGGACGAUUUCGGGCAGGGGCAUUUUGGUAAUCUGGGGGAGGUGAGCGGCAGUUUCAGCUCGUUGUUGGCGGGCCCGUCGGGCGGGGGCCAGUUCGGUGGUUUGCUUGAUGGGCUGGGGACCGGUGGGCCCACCUUGCAGACGAGCGAUCUGUUUUGCGAUCCGGGCUCGGGUCAGAGCGUGGACCCUCAGGCCGAUGGAUUCUUGAACAUCGGCGGCGGGGAGGGCGGUGGCAGCUGGGGCGGCGGCGGCGGCGGAUGGCCUGAUCUUGCUAUUUAG